AUGCCUUCCGUGUCUCCUGAAAGAGGCAGAACGCGAUCACGUCACCAAACUUCUGCGCUCGCCAAAUCCCAAACUCCUUCCAGAACGAGGUCUGCACCUCGCCGCACCAUCUCGCCUCGCUCUAGAUCAAGGUUAAGAACGCCAAGCCGAACAUCAUCAGCUCAAGGCGAUAGACGGAAUGGAGUUAGAAAUGGGAAGGAACGCAGCAGAAGUCCAACAAGGAGUGCGUCGAGGAGUAGGAGCGAAGGCCGAGCUGGACGACGAUAUAGAGACCCCAGUUACACGCGAUCUCCAAGCCAUGGCUCCCUACUACCCAAAAGCUCAAAGAUUGUGGUGGAGAAGCUUACGAAAAACGUCAAUGAAGGCCAUCUACGAGAGAUAUUUGGUGCAUAUGGCUCUAUCCGCGAGCUUGACCUACCCAUGAACAGGCAGUUCAUGGCCAAUCGUGGCACCGCUUACAUUCCCAGCUAG